CCGUCAGAUGCGUGUUUACUUGCUUCGUCAGUGUGUCCCCGCACCACUUACUUAUCAAAACCUUGGACUUUUGUCUCAGACGCUGACUUAUCUCUUCCUCAGGACUGCUUAUCAGCGGUUUCAUCAAGCCUCCCUUGGACCUUGAACGGGGGCAAGUCGGGUUCAGUGUUUUUUUUAUUUUAUUUUUUCUAACUAACAGGGGAGAUGACGUUGAAAUCCAAUAAAAACGAACCCGCGGUCAUACUAGAGCCGGUGAGCAGCGUCCGGACAGCCCUUUCCGAUUUGUACCUGGAGCAUCUCCUUCAAAACAAACCAAAGUCUGACAAGGUGACUAUGCAAACCUUUGAAAAUAAAGGAGCUGAUGUUUGCACCAAUGGUUGUGCUGCACAUUUGAAUGGAACGGAGUCAGCCAAGAUGAAAGAAGUGGCAUUUGAAAAGAGUCCCUCUGAGCCAAUGGGUGUCACUCUGAAAGUAAAUGACAAACAGCGAUGCACUGUGGCCAGAAUAUUGCACGGGGGGAUGAUCCACAGACACGGUUCCAUACAUGAAGGAGAUGAAAUAGCAGAAAUAAAUGGUAAAAGUGUGUCGAACCACACCGUUGAUCAGCUACAGAAGAUUCUGAAAGAAACCACGGGAGUAGUCACGAUGAAGAUCAUCCCCAAGAUGAAGAAUCGGUCCCGAGUCUGCGAGACAUACAUGAGAGCUCAGUUUGAUUAUGACCCGACCAAGGAUGACCUCAUCCCAUGCAAAGAGGCUGGCCUAAAGUUUCAAACUGGAGACAUCAUCCACAUUAUUAACAAGCAGGAUCCAAACUGGUGGCAGGGCAGAGUGGAGAGCAGCGGUGUGGACUUUGCUGGACUGAUACCUUCCCCAGAGCUCCAAGAGUGGAGAGUGGCCAGUAAAAGCAAGGCCAAGGAGGGAAGUCAGUCCUGCAGCCCGUUUGGAAAGAAAAAGAAGUGCAAGGACAAAUAUCUCGCUAAGCACAGCUCAAUUUUUGACCAACUGGAUGUGAUUUCCUAUGAAGAGGUGGUGAGGCUCCCUGCUUUUAAAAGAAAAACUCUGGUGCUUAUCGGAGCACCUGGUGUGGGAAGGAGCCAUAUCAAAAAUGCACUGUUGAUGAGAUACCCUGAGAAAUUUUCCUACCCUGCACCACACACAACCAGACCCCAGCGGAAGGACGAGGAGAACGGACAUGAAUAUUACUUCAUGUCCAAUGAAGACAUGACCAAGUGUGUCUCCAAAAACGAGCUGCUGGAGUACGGAAGCUUCCAGGGAUACAUGUUCGGUACCAAAUUCGAGACCAUCCAAAAGAUCCACGAUCAAGACAAGAUUGCUGUGCUGGAUGUGGAACCACAGACCUUAAAACUUGUGCGGACAGCUGAUUUCGCCCCCCUGGUGGUGUUUAUAGCUCCCACCAACACUGCCACACAGACGGAAAACCUUCAGAUGAUCCAGAAAGAGUCGGACGCCAUCCUGGGCACGUACGGACACUUCUUUGACGUGGUUCUUGUCAACAACGACGUGGAUGAGAGCGUUAAAGGGGUAGAGGAGGCCAUGGAGCACGCCACCUCCACCCCCCAAUGGGUGCCUGUGUCGUGGGUGUACUAAAGAAUGCCAGUAUCACUCCAAACGCCAAAACCUCUGAGUCAGCAGCGUCCCAGGUGUUUUCCUUUUGGAUGUUGUCACUGAGAUUUUAUUGCACAAAUGCAGUUUAAAGAAAAAAAGCAAUAUUUAGAAAGCUUUAUGACAGAAGGCUGAGAUGUUUCACCAGGUGGUUUAAACAUUUUUGGAGGCUAGGAGCUAGCUUUUGGUGCCACAUACCUUAAGAAUAUUCUGAAAUGCAAAACAGGACCAUGACUGUGAAAUAAAUCGCCAUUAGAUUUUCAUUGUCUCUGGUUUUCCCAUUUGUCAUUACAUUAGCUAUGGCGAGGACUAGGAUUCUGACACUUGUUGCUCAUGCUGUCUGUGUAACUUCACCUUACAAUCAACCACUGACCGGGUCCUUAAAGGCACUUUUCACCUAAAAAAUAAACUAUCAAUGAAAUGCA